AUCUUCCCGCCGACUCAUGAUUAAAAACCUCCCGACCUGCCCUCCGGAGUCCGGCCCCGACAGGGCUCGCUUCCCGUGGCUAGACCUGAUGAUUGUCGAAUGUCGUGAUGACAUCGUUUGCAUUAGAGACAGACACCAUUCCGGCCAAAUCUCCGACAUCAUUCUCUGGAACCCGACAACAUCCGAGAUCAAGGAUUUGCGGCACUCCUCGUACAACACCGAAUGCACCUGCGAACAGUCGAUUGGGUUUGGGUUCGACCCACAAAUCAACGACUAGCUAGAAGGUGAUCAUGAAGCUGACAGGGGAUUUUUUUAAAUAGAAUCUUUCUAGUUACUUCGUUUUCUAUUUCUAGGUGAGAGAAUCUUUAGAAAAAGCAUUUUAUUUCUACCGAACUAGAACAAGAGACCAACUGUCCUCCUCAGGACGUGUAUUUUUACGAUUGGUACACCGGGGUGAAUACAGAUAGUGGUGUGGGCGUCUAUAGCUUAACGCCUAAUUCGUGGAGGCGGGUGGAUGCCCAUUGGGGGACCAAAAUCGGUAAUCCGAUCUGCUAUCCCCCGACGUACAGUGGGAAGAUGAUUUAUUCCUGGCACCCGGACUGGGUCGAAACGUAUUUGAUGUGGUGCGACUUGGGGACAGAAGAGUUUGGGGGCGCCAAUUUACCUAACCCAACCGGGAGGCAGGAAUGGAUCGCCCAUGCAUUUGCUCUGUUGAAGGAUUCGAUCCCGGGUGCUUUCUGUAAUUUCGAGGGCAGGAGUGUUGUGGCAGUAGAGGUCCUCGGGUCGGGAAUGAAUUGCAGUGUUCGAG